UUGAACUUGUGUCUCCUUAGGUUUGAGGUUCUGAGCUUUCUUAUGCUCUGUUACAACUCUGCUAUUGUCUAUAUGCCUGCUUCUUCCUAUCAGUCACUUUGCAGGAUGAGUUCCAGACUCUGUGUGUGUGGGUUUCCACGGCAACAUGAAAAACCCUGGAAGGAAGAGUAUUGCAGAGUGGUACUGGAUCCUGAAUUCAUGGUACAACUACUCACUGGAGUCUAUUAUGCUGUUUACAACGGGCAGUGGGAAAUUGGCCAAGAAGCGCUGGAUGACAUAAUUUACAGAGCACAGCUUGAACUCUAUUCUCAGCCACUGUUGGUUGCAAAUGCUAUGAAGAACUCAUUACCCUUUGAUGCUCCAGAUGCAUCACAAGGAGGACAGAAGGUCUUAAAAGUAGAAGUUACUCCAACAGUUCCGAGAAUUUCUCGGACUGCCAUUACUACGGCUUCAAUCCGUCGACAUCGCUGGAGAAGAGAAGGUGCUGAGGGUGUGAAUGAUAGAGAAGAAUCUGUGAACCUUAAUGAUGCCGACGAAGGGUUUUCUUCUGGGGCAUCCCUGAGCAGCCAGCCGGUUGGGACCAAACCUUCAUCUGGAUCCCAGAGAGGGAGCUUAAGAAAAGGAGCGAGUGGACGUUCAGCCAAGGAAAAGGAAAUGGCCUCAGCCACCAAACCCAUCGAGAGCCCCCGGGAAUCUGGCCGCAAGCAGUACCUGCACCAGUCCAUUGACCUCAGUACGGACGCAGUUGAAAUGACACCUACGAAGAAACACUUGAGCCUACCUGCUGGGCAAGUGGUGCCAAAAGCCAAUAGUGUGAGCCUGAUCCGGACUGCUAGUGCUUCUUCCACAAAAUCAUUUGACUAUGUGAAUGGCAGUCAGGCAGGUUCCGGUGUUGGCGGUAAUGGUGUCACUAACUUGGCAGCAGGCAAUACCAAUCGGUUUUCAACGAUCAGUCUGCAGGAGGACCGCUUGGGCCAAGCUGGAAAUGGGAAAGAUGGCCUCUCAUCAGGAGCUCCUCUGACCAAGCAGUCCCGAUCCCCAAGUUUCAAUAUGCAACUGAUAUCCCAGGUUUAACUUCAUUGUCCUUCCUAUCUUUUUCCCGCCUUUAUCCAGUUCUUCGCGCAACACCUCCAGCCAUCUUCCUAUAGUGUGAAAAUCCUGGCUUUUGUGAUCUUGUUCAAUUCAUUUUAGAUACCAUACUAUAUUUUGUACUGAAACAGCAAUAAAACCUCCUCCCUCCCUUCCAUGCCCCCGAUAAAUGUGGUUGUGAAGCAGUAUAAAAUGUACUUUUAUGCCUUU